AGCCUGAUGCUUCAGAUAGCUGCCAGCAUGCUGGUGGCAGAAGCGGCAGAGAUAGAGGCGGAGAAGCAGAAGUACAUGGAGGAGAAUUGCGCCCCCCUGUCCAUGCCUGACGGCAUGCAGGAGCUACAGGAACUGUGCAAAAAGCUUCAUCAGUCCAUCGACAAGGUAGAUGAGGAGAGAUAUGACGCUGAGAGCAAAGUGACCAAAACUAACAAAGAGAUAGAUGAACUUAAGAUCAAAGUGGUUGACCUGAAAGGAAAGUUCCAGAAGCCGGUCCUGAAGAAGGUGCGCAUGUCUGCCGACGCCAUGCUCCAGGCCCUGCUGGGCUCCAAGCACAAGGUCAACAUGGACCUGAGAGCCAACCUGAAGCAAGUGAAGAAGGAGGUCAAGGAGGAGGAGAAGGAAGCAGUCGGCGACUGGCGCAAGAGCAUCGAGGACAAGGCCGGCAUGGGCGGCAGGAAGAAGAUGUUUGAGUCCGAGGCUUAAAAUGGGGGGUAAAGCGAUUAGAUUGCUGUUCGCUUAUCGAACAGCCCUCUGUUAGCCUAGCCUCGCAGCGCCCUCCAUUCUGGCUCUGACUUAGUUACACAUGGUGCGCAGUUUCCAGAUAGCCUCAUGCAUUCAGGUGGGGUAUCUGAGUGGAGCAGGCAGAGCUGGACGUCUGUGGCCAUUGUGUGAUUAUAGGGGUCCCCCUCCUCUGCAGUUACACCUCUAUUCCAGUCACAAAACACAACACGCUUUUUUUUUCUUUUUCUUAACACUAAACAACGAAAUGCAGACAAUAAAUGCGUCUCAUCCAACUUAGCCUGUGUAAAUAAAUCAUUGGAACACAAAAUAAGCAUUCUGUUCUACGUGAUGUGAA